AUGGCGUCCGGUAAAAGGAAAGAAGUCAAGGCCCUGCUGGACAAGCUACAUAGGAUCUAUACGGCUGCUCAGGAGGAUCUGACGGGUGGACAGAAAAAGCUGAUCGAUCUGCUUGAGGCUCACACUAAGGUUAAGGAUGAACUUGCUCAGGAGAGGAUACGUGGAGGAUCUCGUGGCAGUGCUUUGAUUUGGGUAACUGGUGGAGACAUCGGGUCUGAUGACAAGAGCUCCGAGAAACGCAUCGCGGUCAGCGAUCGAAUUGCACAGAAGGCGAAGGCCACAAUCCGUGAUAAUUUCUUUGCUAAGGACGGCAGAUUAGGCAUUCGGGUGUCACGUGACGAUCAGGAUGUGGUGAGGCAAGCGGCUAGAUCACUUGGAUAUGAGGCUAAGGUCCUCAAUCCUAUCGAGCCGUAA